GAUCCUGCUCUACAAUGCCCCCGUCCUGGAUCGUCGUGCUUAUUGCCCUUCUUUUGCAGCCGCAAUGUGCCGGGGCGUUUUUUGGCUGGUUUUCACGGAAAUCGUCCUCAAGCCGAUCCCCUGGAGCACACGAGGAGCCCACUCCGUCUUCUGAUCCCAGGGCCCUCCCCAACGCCCCUUUCGAAAUGACCACAGUGGAUGAAAAGUUCCUGGCGGAGGCGAGACAUCUGGAGCUCUCACCGCUGGACAGCUGUCAUUACAAGGUGGUCAGCCAGCUGCAAGCGUCCUGCACGGAGAUGUCCGAAGAAGAAAUUGCCAAGCUGGGGGUCUGUCUCUUGAAUUGCCAGGCGGAGGUGGAGGGGCGCCCGACGUACCCCUGUACGGAAGACAUGACGCUGGCGGAAUGCACCUCAUCUAUGGAUCCAGACACCUGGAACGCCUAUCAUAUUGUCAGCAACCGUGCGCGCUCUGUGUGCUACGCCACUCGCCAACUCCACUUCAGACGCCGCACAGAACUUACUGUCAAUACCCUGGUGUCCACCGCCAUGAGCCAGCUGGAAGCCAUGAAAAUACUGAAGGAUGGACAAGAAGAGCUGAAGGAAUUGACAUCAGAGUCUCUCAAGAAAGUGGUGAGCAGUCAGAAUGAGCUGUUAGACCAACAAGAGAAGCUACAGAGCAACCAGGCCACCAUGGAGACAUCAAUCAAUGGAAACCUGGAGAUGUUGGCAGAUGAGAAGGCCCUUAUAGCCAGUGGUCAUCACUUGGUGGCUCAGAUGAUUGAAGGCAUCACCAAGAAGAUGGAAAACGUGAGCACUCAGCUGGUGGUACAGGACACGGAGCUUCAGGAAGGCCACAAGGCGAUUCUGGCUGAUCUGUCAGAGGUCCGGAGUCGAUCUCAUGAAGUCUAUACCAAAAUUGAGUCAAACUUGGACCUCUUCCUGUCCUACCAGAGCCAGACGGCACUGUAUUAUGACGAGCUCAUGGAGAAGCUGAACAAGAUGAAUAAAAGCCUUGGGAUGGUUCUCUUUGCUAUGGAACACAUGCAGCGGAGCGUGGAUCAGCGACUCAGCUACAUCCAGACAUUCAUUGGCUGGGCAGGUGGAAACAUUACGGCGAUUUACACGUGUGUCCUGCACGGCGCCUAUUUCCUGCUCCUUGCGCUUCUCAUGACUUUCCUGCAGACUCCUGGCUUCUCUCGAGCUGUGCUCCUCCUCCUGAUAAUCUGCAAUGCACUCUCUGAGCUUAACCACCAUGUUUCCCUCAGCUUCCGUGCUCUGACUGCCGUCCUGGUGUGCACGGUGACUGCUCACUGGAUGCUGCUAAACUUUCUCCACUGCAUUGUGAAGUUGAAAAGCAGGAAGACAUGCACCACCCUGCCGCCACCUUGCACUGCUGCCAUCGCUGCGUCUGGUAAGGAGGAUAGCCGCUUUCGCUGCUCCACCCCCGAAAGGCCAUUAGAGGAAUCUCUGCUGAAUAAAGAGCUGAACAAACUAGUCAAUGACAGCCACCUGUUGGACAAUUCUCUAAUUGAUGAGGAUAUUUUUGCAAAAGAGGAGUCGAUAAUUGCAUCUCCUACACACCUUGGCUGGAAGAACCAUCAAGUGGUAAGAACUCCCAGCCACGCGAGCCCCGCAAUGAAACUUCGCCGUCUGAGUCUUACCAACGCCGUCAGAGGUCAUGAGACUCCCUCCAAGCAGGACAAAGGACACCAGCGCCACCUGAAAGCGGCGUUUGAAGCACUGUCUGAAUCUAAUAAUUAUAGUCCGAACAAUUCUGUGUGCAGCAAUGCGUCCAUCUCCUCCACGUCGUCACGAAAUUUCUGCCAAGCCACCACCAGAACUGGACAGCCGUGCCGGAACAAGGCCAGCGGUGGACAGGAGUUCUGCCACGUCCACAUAUCUGGCCAGACCUCCUACACAACUUGAUAAAUUCAUCAUCCAUUUCCACUUGGUAUCACUGUCUUGGGCCAUAAGGGGAGGUUCUCAAACGGUCUCUAAACUGAUUUAUUCUGACCUUCACAAAAUGGUAACUGAUUCCACAGGUCGAGGGCAGUAUUGAUUAUCUUAUAACAAGUAAUAGUUUAGAGGGUUUUAUCAAUAGUCAAUUCCACUGAUAAUGGCCAGGCAUCGACUAAGUAGAAGACCAAACCCAUGGAAGAAAAUAUUUUGAGAGCGAUGUACGCUCUUCAAGUUUACAUGUCAGUCCAUCAGUACGGAGGUAAGAAUUUGAAAACGUGCCUUAUUAUUCUGGCCAUACGUAUGUGGCCAACUCUGACGAUGUUUGGACACUUGCAUUAUCCGCCAUUGCUGUGUCUGUAAUUUGACUAAAUACAUGACUUCAUGUUGGAACCAGCUUUAAUACAUGGCUUGUAGUUACUGAGACCUUGAAUGGACAAUAUUGCUGCUUUAAUGUGAGAUACUUUUUAUGAAUUCCGCGGUAACUGUCCAGGACAUGUAUUAUAAUCCUUCAUGUCACUAUUUUAAUUAGAUGAUAUCCUUGUAUUUAUUGCCAUGUAUGUAUAUUUUU